AUGUCGGAUCAGGAUCCGUUACACAAGUUCUACAAGCAAUUCCAGGUGUUUGUGCAAAACAAUCCAAAUGUGAUUUCGGCAGCUAGGGCGGCUUCUCAAAUUCCAGAGUCCGCCAAGGCUAUUAUUGUGCUCUCGCCAUACUCUCUGGAGCAUGCCUUUCCCAGGGACUGGGUCAGUAAGUCGUACCGCAAAACGAUUGUGGAGAGACCAGAGAGGUUGCUGGCUGGCUCUAUGGGGAUCUCAGCGGCUGUGACGAUGUACCCAGCACUGUUCACACUUAAAUCUUCACACCAGCGUAAGGGCUCUUUGCUUUCGCCUCAUGUGCUAAAGGUUCAUGGCCACGAUUGGCCUCCAAGGCUGCUGAGAUUAUGCAAACAUGCAGACGAGAAACUAGCUAAAGGAGAAAUUGAGGUGCCAGAUACGUGGAAUGCCGGCGAUAUCUAUCUGAGUUCGAAGACGAUUGAAGCGCUUCAGGGCUCUCUCGGAGCUUUAGAGAUAGGUGUAGACUCGAUAUUCAAGGGACCAUCGCCAGAACAUGUAAGCAACAGAGCGUUUGUGGUAAUACGGCCUCCAGGCCACCAUUGCGGUGUUGCCACUCCCUCUGGAUUCUGUCUGCUGAACAACGCUCACGUUUCGAUCGAGUAUGCUCAUGAUGUCUACGGUGUGACGCAUGCAGUAGUGCUAGACUUUGAUUUGCACCAUGGAGAUGGUACGCAAGAUAUCUGUUGGAAACGAGCGGGAUUCAGACCUGAUGAAGAAGACGAAAACUCCCCGGGGUAUGAUGAGUUCGGUAAGAAGUUUGCGGAGUUCCCCAAAGUCGGAUACUUCUCGAUGCACGACAUCAAUUCUUUCCCAACAGAAUCUGCAUACGCUACAAAGGAUAAUAUCAAGAAUGCUUCGACAUGUCUGUUAAAUGCCCACGAUAUUAACAUAUGGAACGUGCACCUUUCUACCUGGGAGACAGAGGAGGACUUUAACAAGCUAUAUCAAUCGAAAUACAGAACGCUUUUUGCCAAAGCUGACGAAUUCUUCAAAAACGCUAAGCUCGAGAUGAGCAAAUCGGGUCGCAACUUCAAAGGCCUUGUAGUAAUCAGUGCAGGAUUUGAUGCCUCCGAGUUCGAACAAGUGAGCAUGCAAAGACACGGUGUCAAUGUGCCCACGCAUUUCUACACGAUGUUUACGAAAGACGCUUUAAAGCUGGCGCAAAUGCAUACAGAAGGCAAAGUCCUGUCGCUGCUGGAAGGUGGCUACUCUGACAAAGCCAUAGCUUCGGGUGUCUUUGCCCAUCUGAUUGGACUCCAAAACCAAAACUGGAUCAAAGAAUGGGGCUCCGAACAAGUGGUCAAGGAGAUAGUUCGCGGCUGCAAGCCAACGUGGAAACCGUAUAAGAAGAAAAAGAGCCGAGACGUGAUUAGAAUAUGGGCCGAGGAGGUCAUUGAACUGGGAAGAGCCAUGAUCCCCGAGUUCGAGUUCCUAUUUGUAGAAGCAACCGCGAACGGCGUGCAUCUCGACGGCAAGGCACCGGAAUCCGCCGUAACCCAGAGGCUGACCAGAUCCCGAGCGCAGCAGACGAUGCAAGAAGAACCACCCGCAAAGCCCUCGACUCCGGAGAAGGAGCUCAUUUUAAGGCGCAUCGUGAACAGCAAGGCCGCAGAGGCAGUGCCACCAGUACCGUUUGUCCAACAGGAGAUCCCCAGCGAUGACGACAAGGAAGACGAAGAUUACGUCUACGACGAGGAACUAAACAAGACUUUCAACCGCACUGUCGAAGACAUUACCAUCGACGACAUAUCCCGCCACCUGGAGACGCUUGAGAUCAUCGAGGCCCGCGACACCGGUACCGCGAAGCCCGAGCCCUCACGCAAAUCCCAGGACCCGCGUACCGCAACUUCCAAGUACAAAAUCCCAUCCAGCACCACCACGCAGCACCUGAGGUCGAACCGCUACUCCAACGUCCUCGACUACGACGACAGCGACAUCUCGAUGGUAUCGCAUAUUUCUACAGCCAAGAAGCAUUCCACCAGAAGUGGCCGCAAAUGGUAA